CUGACCCUUUUUACACACCCACUGGUUUUGACUCCAGGUUUUUUUCUGCCACUCUGCAAAGAUGGCCCUGUGUGUUUUGUCACGGGGGCGGACUGUUGAGUGUUGAUCCCGGGGGAGAAGUGACUCACAGCCAAGACCAUGUCUUGGAAGAGGAACUACUUUGCGUCUGGAAGCGGCGGGCUGCAGGGGAUCUUUACCCCACGCACCAUGACGUCCAUCGCCCCCAGUAAAGGACUCAGCAACGAGCCGGGCCAGAACAGCUGCUUCCUCAACAGUGCACUGCAGGUCCUGUGGCACCUCGACAUCUUUCGGCGGAGCUUCCGGCAGCUGACCACACACAAGUGCAUGGAGGACUCGUGUAUCUUCUGUGCCCUGAAGAGUAUCUUUGCUCAGUUCCAGUUCAGCAGUGAGAAGGUGCUGCCAUCUGACGCGCUCCGCAGCGCGCUGGCCAAGACCUUCCAGGACGAACAGCGCUUCCAGCUGGGCAUCAUGGACGACGCCGCAGAGUGCUUCGAGAACAUCCUAAUGCGGAUUCAUUUCCACAUCUCAGACGAGACCAAAGAGGACAUCUGCACAGCCAAGCACUGCAUCCCACACCAGAAGUUUGCCAUGACGCUUUUCGAACAGUGUGUGUGCAGCAGCUGUGGGGCCUCCUCUGACCCGCUGCCAUUCAUUCAAAUGGUGCACUACAUCUCCACCACAUCCCUCUGUAACCAGGCGGUGAGGAUGCUGGAGUGUAGAGACAAGCCCACACCAGACAUGUUUGGAGAGCUGCUCCGCAACGCCAGCACUAUGGGAGACCUACGCAACUGUCCGAGUAACUGUGGGGAGAAGCUGCGUAUUCGUCGGGUACUUAUGAACUCUCCAGAGAUCAUCACCAUAGGUCUGGUGUGGGACUCUGACCACUCAGACCUGGCAGAGGACGUCAUCCACAGCCUGGGCACUUGCCUGCGCCUGGGGGAUCUCUUCUACAGAGUAACAGAUGAUAAGGCCAAGCAGGCAGAGCUCUACCUGGUGGGCAUGGUGUGUUACUACGGCAAGCACUACUCCACCUUCUUCUUCCAGACCAAGAUACGCAAGUGGAUGUACUUUGACGACGCACAUGUCAAAGAGAUCGGGCCCAAGUGGAAGGACGUGGUGUCUCGGUGCAUCAAGGGCCACUACCAGCCCCUGCUACUGCUCUACGCUGACCCCCGGGGGACGCCCGUGUCAGUGCAGGACCUGCCCUCCCGCCUGGACCUGCACCACUUCAACAGGUCCUACUACGACAGCGAGGACUCGGGCCGCGAGCCGUCCAUCUCCAGUGACACGCGCACCGACUCGUCGACAGACAGUUACUCCUACAAGCACUCCCACUCUCACCAUGAGUCCAUGGCCAGCCACUUCUCCUCCGAUUCCCAGGGAACCAUCAUCUGUAACCCAGACAACGACACAGCCUCCCGCAGCAGCCUGGAGACCACAGGCCAAGUGACGGACAGUGGGCCAGUGCAGUGCCACUCUCUGAGGAAAGGCGGGACAGUGGACAGGAAGGGCGGGGCCAGUGACAGGAAGCGGAGCUCUAGUCGUCCGAGGCGACUUGAGGGGAGGAGCCGGGGCUCUAAGACUGACGAAGCCUCGUCGGCAGGUUACCACAGCGAGGGGGAGACUCUGAAGGAGCAACAAGCACCUCGCACCGCACCCAAGUCCUCCUCCUCCAGUCGACUGAGGGAUUUCAAGGAGACCAUGAGCAACAUCAUCCACAGUCGCCCCCUCUCCGCCUCCUCCUCGGGCUCCGGGGCCCUUGGGGGUCUAGGGGCCGAGUCAGGGGCCACCACCAAGGCCAGAGACUGGGAGGCCGACAGCACCAGCAGUGAGUCCAAGUCCAGCUCCUCCGGGGGACGAUACAGACCGGCCUGGAGGCCCCGGAGAGAGGCCCUCAAUAUAGACAGUAUCUUCAGUAGGGAGCGACGUAGACAGGCUGGGUAUAGUCCCCUAGGGGCCACUCUGCCUGAAGACAGUGGGGCCCCAGCUGAGGGCCCCACAGGGUCAGUCACUGGACAAGGACAGGGGCCCUUUGGUAAUAUGGCCUCCUCCUGGACCCUGCCAACCACCAGGGGCCAUAACAUGGAGCAGCAGCCCCCCAGGCUCAUCCAGAGGAUGGAGAGUGGCUAUGAGAGCAGCGAGAGGAACAGUAACAGUCCUGUUAGCCUGGACAUGCCUCUCAGCGAGGGACCUAAUGCUGCUAAUACACAUGGGGACACCGGUCUGAAGAAGCCUUCCAGCUCCAGCUCAGGUCCAUCAUGGCGCACCGUGCCCAAGUCUAAGAGCAGCAGUGCUCUCCUGCAGGACGUCAAGGCUUCAUGCAGGGGCAACAGCCACAUAAGCCUGGCGGGAGAAGGCCGCAGCGAACUGGACGAGCUGCAGGAGGAGGUGGCCAAGCGAGCGAGGGAGCAGGAGUUACAGAGGAGGAAGGAGAAGGAAAAAGAGGCUGCCUUGGGGUUCAACCCCAGACCCAGCAAGUUCAUGGACCUGGACGAGCUACAGAACCAGGGCAAAGGGGACGGCUAUGAACGGUGCGUGUCGGACGCUGAGCUACUGCUAGAACAGUCUCUGCGACUGGAGCAGGCUGGCGAGGUGGCCGCCGCUCUGUCUGUGGUUAAUGAAGCUGUAUCUAAACUCAGGCUUCCCAUGCAUGAGGGUGGCGCUAACACCCAUAGCAGGACAUUGGCUGAGGCCCGGCUGCAAAAGUGCAUGAGGAGAGCGCGGGGCCUGCAGCAGCGCAUGCAACAGCAGCAGCAGGAAGACAGACCCCAGCAACAGGAUCAGGAGCAGACAGAGAAGCAGGAUCAGCCUUGUCCCUCUCCCCAGGGGCCCCCCAGUGAACAGCCUGUCCCAAUCCAAAUACUGUUGACAGACGCCCAGGAGGACCAACCACAAGCAGUCCCAGAAGCCACCAGAAACACGCCUUCUCCUCUCUAUGUUAAGCCCCUCCCCUCAAGCACAAACUCACUCCCUGAGCCCCUGAGCCACCCCCCUGUUGCUAUGCCCCCGAGCCCUCACACAGGGUCACCCACGGGGGGGUUCAUAGCGGAGGCGUGGGGGCGCCGGGAAGGACUGGAGAUGUCAGGCAUGCUAGAUAACUCCUGCACUCAUGUGAGACCCCUCCACAAGCACGCUGCCGUGUCCCUGCCUGCCCUGUGUGUGGACGGCCGGGACGAGAGCUUUACUGAGGGAGGCCAUGACCAGACCCCAGCCCUGCCCAACCACCAGCCAGCUGCACCCUCACACUGGAACAGUAACCCCCCAGCCCAGACUCUGCCCACCCCGCGCCCGCACUCCAGGACACCCUCUCCAGUCAGCCACACCUCAGAGGAAAGGGGCGACGCCAACAUGGAGGAUGCCUAUUCCAGAUGGCCAGCCCUGAGCCCCUCUCAGCCUCCUCCAGCCCAUCAGAACCACAGCUCCCCUGUCCCCAUCUCCUCCAACACCUCCAGGCUCGGCCCUCCACCACCUCCUCCCACCCGUAACUGGUCCGGCUGGAGCCUGGACCAGCUGGCCGCCUUCGACUCCCCCUUCUACACCCCUCCUACAGACUCCCACUGUCCCCCAUCCACUCCCAUCAGACCAGGGCGGACCCCUUCCCCAGCAUCUGGAAACUACAGGCCAGGUGCCGCCAUGCCAGUGGAGCGCUGGGCAGAAAAUGUAACCCGGUAUUACAACUCCCAGGCUGCCCCUGUGGUUGGGUCGCCCUGUGAUGAGCUGUCGGAACUAGACUCUCUGUACCAGGCGAGCCUUCAGGCCACCAGCCUGCCCCGGGCCCCACGCGGAGUCAGCCCCCAGCCCACUGCCAACAAGCAACCGGCUAGGAAGCUGUUGUCUGGGCUGGCUGCACCUGGCCGCUCCAAGACUCCCACAGCCGAGUUAGAGAGACAUGCCUACAGAACGGCAGGCUACACCAGCAGCCCCACACAACACAACAAGCCUGGGUCAUGUGAGCGACCACUGGGAGAUGACGAGAACUACAGUGCUGAGAACCUCCGCCGCAUUGCCCGCAGUCUGAGUGGCACCGUCAUAGGGGGCCGACCCGAACUCCUCGCCCCCUCCCGCAGCUUUGAGCCCCCAGUUACCAGGAUGCCAAAGCAUGCGGACUCCCGAGUCACCGCACGUCAUCCUAGCACGUCCUCCCUGCACCCCCCUCCCUCCUCCACCCACCUCACUCCACCCGAACCCCAACACCAAUACCUCCACAACAACCACCACCACUACAGCCCCCCAGCACUGCCCCAGCACCCCCCUCAGCAGGCAGCACGGCCCCCCUCCACGGGGCCCUAUCUGGGACGCUCAGGAGAUCACCAGAAGGGAGACCAGUUUCUGGCUGUGUUUGACCGGGGUGAAGCUUUCUCCCGUGAAAACUACCACAGUGUUGCACUGAGCUACGGCACGCUGCCGCGGGCACCUCCCAGGGCACCUCCUUCCUGGUCCUCCUCUCUCCCCCGGCCCAGGAAAGGACCCAACCCGGGCCCUGGGUACUACUGUCGCCCAGACAUGGGCUAUGCCACCCUCUCCCACCCCCGCCGCUCUGCCCCCCCUAGUGGCGCCAUCAAUGGCUACAGGCAGCCCCCUCAAUCCAGCAGGACCAAUGGAACCCUACCUUCCCCUCUACAACCACAACACCACCCAGCCCACCACCGGCUUUCCAGCGAGACCUCCAACCAGCCCCUCCGCCUGGACGUACCCCCGGAUGAUGACUGGAGGACCCCCGACUACAGGAUGGUACCGCCGUCCAUGCCCAUGCGGCAUGCCCACCCCCUCCAUCAGCCCACCCAGAGGCAUGACCACCCCCGUAUGAUGGCAUCGUCCCGUGGCCCCGGUAAUGUCCAGCUCUGUUCCCUGUGCCAACAGCUGCCCACCGAGCCCUCCCGUCACUACUGCCAGUCCUGUGGGGUCUACAUGGCCCGUUUCCGGCCUACCAGCUGAUCCAGCUCACCGUCACCUUGCAAACGGACCCAGUUUACUCCCAACACACACACACCCUCUUUCUCUCUCUGUUCCCCAUUGGGCUCUAGACAUCAGACUCUGCUGUUGUAGAAUGCAGUUAAGGAGAUACAUUGUUCUAGCAGAUUGUGGCCCUUUCGUUUCCCAUCAAUUAAUGUCUAUAGUAUAACCCCAGCCCCCAUCCCACCUCAACCCUCUUUAACCAGACAGGACAACCACUAUAUCUGGUACUUAACCUGGUAUAUUUCUAUAGAGUUUAUAUUUAGUCUUUAUGGCUGCUCGUCAUCUAAGGUUAUUUAAAGAUGAUGUGAUCCAGUAUUGGAAGGUCACAGAGUCCAGGCUGGGUAGAAGCGGGGCUGUGUAGUGUCCACUGAGGUGGAUGGCAAGAGGCACUCAAUCAGUCAAUCAAAUGUAUUUCUAAAGCCCUUUUUACAUCAGCAGAGUGUCACAAAGUGCUUAUACAGAAACCCAGCCUAAAACCCCAAACAGCAAGCGAUGCAGAUGUAGAAGCAAGUUGUCUCGAGAAAAAAACUCCAUAGAAAGGUAGGAACCUAGGAAGAACCAGGCUCUGAGGGGUGGCCAGUCCUCUUCUGGCUGUGCCCGGUGGCGAUUAUAAGAGUACAUGGCCAUUAAGGCACUGUGCUUCUAGGAGGUUAGGACACCCCUCAUUCCCCCAUAAACACAUCAGCACCAACACAGCUGGAGUUUAGGGUUACACUGAUGUUCCCAGGGGUCACAAAUUAACCCAUAGUUUGAGGAAGCCUGUUACAGACGAAGAAUGAAGAUGGAAGUUGAGUUACAUGGUGGGGAUCAGGGCAAGGCGGAAUGAGAGAUAUAGUUGGAAGUUGUACACGUUUUAUUGUCAGUCAUGAAAACUCUUUAACAGGUGUGAGACAGUGAAAUGGAUGUGUCAUAAGGCUGCUUUCUCACACCAACCCAUCUCGGUCUGCAUAGAAAGAGACAACACCCUCUCCUCAAUGUAUACUGACACUAUUUACUGACUGUAUUACUCUAUUUAUCAUUUUUAGGGAGCUCUGGGUAAGUAGUGUAUAGAUGAUCAAACUAAUCUACAGGCCUAACCUGUAUAUACUCUGCCAUAGACCUGCUGUACUUUGCAUUGUCUCAACUUGCUAGCACUGUCUGGUGACUAGAGCCCUCUUGCAGAAUGGGCCUGUGUGUGGGCUAAAGACCCGAGACGUUUCUCUUGAGGCUUUUCACAGCCCUGCAGCUACCCAUGGUUGUUCAGCAGAUCUAUGACUGAGGGAAUCACUCGGAGCUUAUUGUACAAUAUAUUAAGUAUAUAUGAGAUUUAGUGCAGUGAAUUUACUUAACUGCGUUAACACAAGUUUAGUGCACUUCAGAAGUGUUAAGAUAAUUGUAUCGGUUGCUGUUUUAAUUCAAUUGACAUUUCUCCCGUUGUUACGGGAGACUCUCAAUGUUAGCCUAUUUUUGUACUUGUGUAAGUUAGAUGGUGAUCCUGAGUGCUAAGGAGGUCCCAUACAGAGGUUUACACUCUUAGAGAAAACGUAAUGACAGUGUACACAUCUGUAUUUUAGGAUACUUUACAGAGAACAAAAUAGGAACUGACUAUAAAACGGUCAAUUCAAUGGCUUUUAACAAAUCUUACUAGUUGAAUCUUGAUGCUAGAGCCAUUUUUCGAGCCAUUUUUAUUGAUCUUUUAUUUUUGUGAUGCGCUAUCACUGGAGAUGGUUAGUUUAAUGUUCCUAUUUCAAAUCUCAACCCGGACAUCACUAAGCUCUGGAAUACAACAAAAGCCAACUUUGCCUCGUUUUUUGAGGCAGAUUUUAGAUCUGAUGAUGUAAACUUAUGGAUCAUUAGAGUCCCAAUUAGAAUGAAGUUGCUUUUUUGACUUGUGAGGAAAGGAAAGGAAAGCUACAGCCUUACAAAAUACACUUAUCUACAAUCUGAAAUGAAGGAAAUUACAAAAUUAUGUUUUGUUGCUAUCUACGAUAUUGCUGAUUUUGUUUUGGAAUAUUUUUACACUUAUUUUUCUACACUGUAGAUAUGACUGAGGGAAUAUGAAGAGAAUGGAGCUCAUGGAAGAAAGGGUUUGAGUGUCUUAAGAUAAAACAACUUCUAAAAUCAUAUGGUUAAUACAGAAUUUAGGAUGCACAACUGCUGUGCAAUUCAUCAGGUGUGAGCGGCGUUGUCCUUCUUUAGGGAAAACAGUCUCUGUAACUGAAAUGUAACUGCACUGUUGCAGAUGUUAAACACUUAACCAAAGAGUGCCACUUUAGUGAGAGUCAUUUCAAUGGAAAGGAAUGAAUCCUUCGUUUGUGUACAUUAAGCAACACUUCCCCCCUCGUGGAUUGCCAGUAGAACAGAAGGUAACUGAUGUGUCCAUUUAUUUUUUUUGGAACGUGCUAAUCAACAGAUACUGCAAAAGCUGAACAGUGUAACUGUGUGUUAUAAAGGAAGGGUUGACCGAUUUCCAUUUUUGGACUUUGUUUGUAAAUGCUGUGCUAGCAGAUGGAACUUGUAUUUUUGCAAUAAAGUUGUUAUAAAUGGCCCCAAACAGGAGCACAGUAUGAA